GGGCUAAGUGUAAAAAGCGCCACGACCACGUGAAAAAAUCAAAAAUGCCUGAGAAAAGGUUCAAGAAAACUGGCCCCUCAUCAGCUUCUGUGGCUGACCAAUCCCGUCUCCUACAAAUAGCAAGACAGACAUGGGGUCCUGGGACUACUCCAAAAGUACUGGAACCCUCACUGGUGGAGACCAUUUACGAGACAGUGACCAAAUCUAAUGAGUCUCAUCGGUUGGUUACGCUGCUGGAGAGCAGUCAGUAUCUUGAGCAAUAUCUAUGGCCUCUCUUUGAUCUUGAACAAGAACCGACAGCUAACAAAUCAGUUCUAAUGUCACUGGUUCUCAUGAUCAAUGAGAAAUUCAGAGAGAGGGUCCCAGCAUGGAAGGUUUUUGAAGAGGUUAAUCCGGAAAAGUUUCCACAUUUCUUUGCAAGUGUUACCAGCACCUGUCUUGAAACAUUCGAAAAACUGCCUAUAGAUAAAGAGUGUAUCCCUGAAGCAACAGUUCUUCUAUCAUUCCUGAUACACAGUUUCAAUAGUUUAGAGGUGGAGCUUGUUCGUCAUGAAGUACAGAAGCUAGUGUCUCUUGGAAUAUGGGUCAACUUAGAACCAGGUCGAUUGGAACAAGAGUUAAAGUCAUUUCCUAAAUUAAAGAAAUACUGGAACGCUUUACUGAAGAAAGAAAAACAAAUGGACAAGAUUACUCUAGCCAGGCAAAACAAUGAGAAGUCUUUCCUUUAUAAGUUAAUACGUAUUUUUAUUGACAUUGUGAAGGAUAUACCAGACACCGGUCCUGUUGAGUCAUCAUUGUGUCACUAUUGUGAGAAGUUUAUUGAACUCAUUACUGACCUCAUGUGUCAGCCAUUAACUAGACGGUUCCUAGUGACACUAAUUGAUGACAUUCACUUUACUAUUCUGUGCUCAGAUUCUUCAUUAUAUUCAAGAGAACCGGAAGGACAUCUCUUCUCUAAGCUAUUGGAUCGGCUAAAGUUCUAUUGCGGCUUUGAAGUGAACAGCCACACAGGAGAGGCACUCACGGAGCAUUUCAUGCUGAGUCAGCAUUAUGAGAGGAUCACUUCCCUCCAGCUGGCGGCUUUCAAACUCUUCCCUGAUCUUCGAGAGUUCUCAUUAUCGACUGUUGCUGGAGUCGACACUAGGGACUCUCUCGUGAGACACUUUAGUGCAUUGAGUCCUGAAGUCUUGCACAGGAUUGCUGCUUACCUCCAUCUUGUUCCUCCAUUACCUGAUACUGACCUACAAACCUCUUACAGUCCUUCCUUUCUCCUUGAGAUACUAGUCUCUCAUCAUGAGAGACGUACCUCGCAACUCGAAGAACUCAACAGUAUGCCACUUUACCCCACUGAGACUGUCCUCUGGGAUGAGAGCUUCGUACCUAACGAGUAUUUUGAAGGAGAAGGUUGUUUUGCUCUCCCUAAGCUCAACCUACAGUUUCUCACUCUUCACGAUUAUCUUUUAAGGAACUUUAUCCUUUUCCGUCUGGAAUCAACCUAUGAGAUUAAAGAAGACAUUGAAGAUGUUGUCUCCAGAAUGAAACCAUGGAUCAAUCCUGAAGGAGAGACUCACUUUGCUGGUUGGGCAAGGAUGGGCCAACCUAUUGUUAGAUUUUCAAUUGUAGAGGUUGGACAGCCCAAGGUAGGUGAGAACCGUCCCUCCAGGGUCAAAGGUGACGUUAAGUUCCCCAUCAGUAAAGACUCUGUGGGAGCCGAAUGGGAGGGUUUAAAGAAACAUGACGUGUGUUUCUUGGUUAGUAUAAGAGCUAACAUGGGAAUCAACGACACUUUCAGUGCCGAGAAAAACUUUGCGACACAAAUUGGUGUCCAGUAUGUAAGAGGGUGUGAGGUUGAAGGAAUGCUUGAUAGUGAAGGAAAAGUGAUCGAAGAAGGCCCUGAUCCUAAACCAGUUGUUAAAGGUGAUACUCGUACCUUUAGGGUGUGGCUGGACACUAACCAAUACCAGCAGGAUAUGGAGAGGGUUGUGAGAGGAGAAGAAGACGUGUACGAGACUUUCAAUAUAUUUGUGAGAAGAAAACCAAAAGAGAACAAUUUUAAAGCAGUCCUGGAGUCCAUCAGGGAUCUCAUAAACACAGAGUGUGCCGUCCCUGACUGGAUUCACGAUAUAUUCCUCGGCUAUGGAGACCCUUCUGCUGCCCAUUAUACCAAGAUCCCAAAACAGAUCAACACGUUGAACUUUAAUGAUACUUUUCUGUCACUGGAUCACUUGAGUGCCUCAUUCCCUCAGUAUCAGGUUGAGUGCACUGUUGCUAAUCCUGAAGAACAAAUACCGCCAUUUAAGAUAACAUUUCCUGAGGAGAGGAUAUCGGUUGGUGCUAAACGUAAAUUAUCCGACGAUGAGUCUAAGCCGAUACUGACUGUACAACCUUUUGUUAUUGAGAACAGAGGACCUUAUCCUUAUAACAUACCAAAAAAAAAUACGGUUCUGUUCACUCCGACUCAAGUUGAAGCGAUACGUGCCGGAAUGCAGCCCGGCCUCUCGCUGGUAGUCGGUCCUCCUGGUACUGGAAAAACUGACGUUGCUGUUCAAAUUAUUUCAAAUAUUUAUCACAACUUCCCAGAGCAAAGGACACUACUAGUCACUCACUCCAAUCAGGCUCUUAAUCAAUUGUUUGAGAAGAUAAUGGAGUUAGAUAUUGAUGAGAGACAUUUGCUUCGUCUGGGACACGGAGAAGAGGAACUCCAAACUGAGAAAGACUUCAGCAGGUAUGGUAGAGUUAAUUUCAUUCUGGCACUGAGACUUGAGCUACUUCAAGAAGUCGAGAGACUACAGAAGAGCCUCAACGUGACUGGAGAUGUGUCAUAUACUUGUGAAACUGCUGCCUACUUCUUCCUAUAUCAAGUGUCUGGUAGGUGGGAGAAAUAUGCGAGCAAAAUAAAGAGUAUAGCAGAUAAGCCUGAAGGCCUUGAAGCAAUCAGCAAGCAUUUCCCGUUCUUGGAAUAUUUCUCAAAUGCGCCUCAACCUUUAUUCAAGGGGAACUCGUUUGAUGAAGACUGGGACAUUGCACAGGGAUGUUACAGGCAUAUAAAGAAGAUAUUUGAACAGCUUGAUGAAUUUAGAGCAUUUGAAUUACUGAGGAGCAGUAGGGACAGGAUCAAUUACCUGCUGAUCAAGGAAGCAAAAAUCAUUGCAUUAACUUGUACGCAUGCAGCACUAAAGAGAAAAGAUCUUGUGGACCUCUCUUUUAAAUACGAUAAUGUUCUGAUGGAAGAGGCAGCUCAGAUCCUUGAGGUGGAGACUUUUAUACCUUUAAUGCUACAGACGCCAGUUGAUGGACACAACAGAUUGAAGAGAGUCAUAAUGAUUGGAGAUCAUCACCAACUUCCUCCUGUUAUCAAGAACCAAGCCUUCCAAAAGUUUUCAAACAUGGAGCAAUCAAUGUUUGCUCGUUUUGUGAGACUAGGAGUUCCGGUAACUCAACUGGAUGCUCAGGGAAGAGCCAGACCUUCGCUAUGUGCGCUGUACAACUGGAGAUACUUAUCACUAGGGAACCUACCGCAUGUGAUGGAGUCAAGGGAGUACAUGCUGGCCAAUGGAGGGUUUGAGUUUGACUAUCAACUCAUUAAUGUGGAGGACUUUAAUGGAGUAGGAGAAACAACACCCACUCCCUACUUUUAUCAAAAUCUAGGUGAAGCUGAAUAUGCCGUUGCUUUAUACAUGUACAUGAGACUGCAGGGCUACCCUCCUGAUAAGAUUGCUAUUCUUACCACAUACAAUGGUCAGAAGCACCUCAUUCGUGACGUACUACAAAAGAGAUGCGCACGAAAUCCAGUCUUUGGCCUGCCUGAAAAGGUGACAACGGUUGAUCGAUAUCAAGGCCAGCAAAACGAUUACAUCAUCAUUUCUCUCGUCCGUUCGCGUCACAUCGGACACUUGCGUGACGUCCGUCGAUUGGUGGUCGCAAUGUCAAGGGCACGUCUUGGUCUCUAUAUACUGGGGAGGGUCUCGUUGUUUAGGUAUUGUAAAGAACUGCAGCCGGCCUUUGAUCUGUUAAUGAAGAGACCUUGCAGCCUUCAUAUUGUGCCUGAUGAGAUGUAUGGAACAGACAGACCUGUCAGUUGUCCUCCACAAUCACCAGUAGUUAUAGUACCGGAUAUGUCUUUCCUUGCUAACUGUGUCUACAGAGAUUAUCAUUCACGUGUACACGCACUUCAAGCAAAGCAGUCCCUCGUUCCUCCUCCUCCUCCUCAGUCCACUGCUCCUCCUCAGAGGGAAGAGGCCAUGGAAGGAGAGCAGCAAGAGGAGGGGGAGCAAGAAGAAGAGAAAGGGGAGGAAGAAAGAGGAGAGGGGGACAGUACUCAGGGUAGACAAGAUGAUGAUAAAGCUAGCUCUGAAGAAGAGUGGCAAGAUAAAGAGGAUCCUCCUGGGGAGCAGGAGGGAGGAAUGGAAGUUGUUCAAAACACUCUCCCUCCAUCUCCUCCCCCUUCACCUCCAACUACUUCUGGAUCUAUGGAACAAUGAAACUUCCUUUUUAAAUUUUAACUUUGCUCUGUGUCACGUGCAAGCACGUGGCUGUAAUAUACUUAAAAUCGACGGUGUUUUACC